AUGGGCGUCUUCCAGUCUCCCCAAGGGCUGGCUGUGGACCCCCUCAACCGCCUCCUGGUACUGGCCCCCACCUCUGUACUGGGUCUGCGGGGCUCCUGCUGGGUGGGCCCAGGGCCUGAUGAUGGAGGCCUUGCUGUGAGUGACGGGUGUGGGAAUGUGCAGCUAUUUGGCAGUACUCUUCAGCCCCUGGGCUCCCUGGGUGACCAGACAGGGCAUGCCUUUGGCAGCCCAGUGGACCUGUGCUCCGAUUCAGAGGACGACGUCAUCGUGAGGGACGAGCAGCGGUGUCAGGUGACCCUGUUCCCCUGGACUGGGGCGCCAGUCUGCCUGGUGUCCUAGGGGUUGGGGCAGUCCUCCGGCGUGGCCUGUGCACCCCAGGGCCAGCUCGUGGUGGCGGAUGCCAGGGACCACUACAUCAAGGUAUACAAGCACUGCUUGGAGUGGGCCUAA